AUGAGUACUUUGAACGAUAUCGACGGAGAAAGUGCCCGCGCUGCGUUACUUCUCGGUGCAAUGACCUGUCUAUUGCUGGCACUGAAGGAUGGCGGCAUAUUUUCACCAUGGUCGAACCCAAAGAACUGGGGAUGUCUUCUCGGCUUUGGGAUCUUGAUACUCUGUUUCCUCGCCGUCGAAUUUGAACUAAAAGAUGGAGCUAUAAUCCCGUUCCGAAUUGCAUCUCAGCGUACAGUCGCAGCAAGUUGUUUGUUUACAGUUCUGUUCAACAUGGCUAUAGACACCCACAUCUAUUAUCUACCUACAUAUUUCCAAGCCAUGCGUGGGACUACCGCAGAACAAUCAGGCAUCAGAAUGUUACCCUAUCUAGGAUCCAAUAUUCUUGCCACAAUCAACAUACCAACUAAUACGCUUUCCCAAGAAGUGAAAAUGAUUCCUGGCUUAGAUAGCUCCGAAAUCAUCGCGCUAGGCGCUAAGAAUUUGACAAGUACCGCGCCGACAGAGUACCUUAAUGGAGUUCUAGGUGCAUAUACUUAUGCAUUGUCUCAAACUCUUAUUCUUCCUAUUGCAGCUGCUGGUAUGGCAUUCGUAUGUAGCCUUGGAAUGGAAUGGGGAAAGGUGGAGAAAAAAUAG